CAAUUUCAACAUUUUUCUGCUAGAUCUUUUCAGUCACAUUUACAUCAUUCAGAAAAAGGCCAUACUCUCUCAAGGUCCCUAACCCCAUCCUGGAUCUGGGUCUUUUUUGCAGCUUCUCCACCCUCCCCACUCUGACCAACAAUAACCUUUUACCCAGAGAAAUUCUAUAGGAGCAGAGCAGGGGCAGCUGAGAAAGAGGCCAUUUGAUUCGCCUAUAUCCAGGCAUAUGUGAGGUGUCAGACAGCACUGCGUUGGUAUUGGCUCUGAGCGGGACAGUGGGAGGAGACUUUGACAAUGAAUUUGCUGAGAACACAUGUUUACAAUGAGGAAAGGGAAGAGAAAUGGAUCUGAACUGGAUCACAAAACAAAGUGUGUAGUCACUGAUGACUUUUGUGACUGACUUGGGGAACAGGACUGAUACAAAAUGGAUUUUGUAUGACGGCACAGCACUCCAUGGUCCAAAGUUUGAAAGUCUGGAGAUAUCUAAGGGAUGACCAGUGCUCAGCUUUUCAGCCAUUCAUCUAAAGAGCCUCCUUGCAGGAUGGUGUCCGCCGUAACCCCUGUUCACCAUGGCGUGUUUGGUCCAUCACAGCCCCCUCCAGCCGUCUGGCCUCCUCUGGACUUUGCACUAGGUGCACUGGCCUGCUGCACUGCCUGUGUAUUCACAAACCCUCUUGAGGUGGUCAAGACUCGACUUCAGCUUCAAGGAGAACUCUGUGCCCGGGGGUCCUAUCAAAGACACUACAGAGGGGUGCUGCAGGCACUGUGGGUGGUGGGGCGGACGGAUGGGGUGAAGGGGCUGCAGAAGGGCUUGUCUGUGGGAUUGAUUUACCAAGGAGUAAUGAAUGGAAUGAGGCUGGGAUCAUAUUCAUACUGUGAAGCUUUGGGAAUCACCUCUUUUUAUGGAGGUAGCCUUGUGUCAGGAGCUGCCUGUGGAGCUCUGGGUGCCUUUAUUGCAUCUCCGGCAUAUCUAGUUAAGACACAUCUGCAGGCUCAGAGUGUGCAAGCAAUAGCCGUUGGACACCAGCACAACCAUUUAGGUGUGUCAGAUGCCUUUGUAACUAUCUAUCGAAGAGAAGGCCUGAUUGGUCUUUGGAGAGGCGUUAACGGGGCAGUGCCUCGAGUGAUGGUUGGAUCAGCUGCUCAACUUGCCACCUUCACCUCUGCCAAGGAAUGGGUGUCACAGAGCCAGUGGUUUACUUCAAGCAAAUUUCUGACUGCUCUGAUUGCUGCUAUGAUCAGUGGAGUUGCCGUGACAAUCUCUAUGACUCCAUUUGAUGUCAUCAGCACAAGACUCUACAAUCAGCCUGUGGACGAGUUUCGAAGGGGUCGUCUGUACAACGGAUUUUCAGACUGUAUGCUCAAAGUGUAUCAAACAGAGGGUGUCCUGGGGCUGUACAAAGGGAUGGGACCAGUCUUUCUGCGUUUAGCCCCCCACACAGUGCUCAGUAUGGUGUUCUGGGACAUGAUGAGACAACAGGUUGUGAAGAACCAACAUGGAGGGAGCUAAAAUGAAGUCUGCAUAUGUCAAAUAGGAUUUAGACAUUUCACAGUGGUUUGUGUUCAUGCAAUGCCCUAACAUUGUGUAGGGUAAGGAUUUAGAUAGGGGGCAGCUAAAAUAUUCUAUAGAAUUUGCUAUUUAUGUGUGAACAUGUACAGUAGGUGUUUCAUCUGGUUAAUGGUUUAAGAUCUAUUAUCUUCCUCCAGCUUUUCGGGGUCCCCCCAGGGGGAGAAAAGAAAAGAAAGUGGAAUGCAAUUCACUGACAUAUAAAAAACACUCUUAACUUUUGGUCUCAAUGUAACACAUCUAAUAUGUAUUUAUGUGUUUAUUGUAGUGAUACUAAUUAUAUUCAGGGACACAGAUUAUCUAUUUUUAAAAGUAGAUUUUCAAAGCUGCUGUAAAUGCCUUAUAUAUUAAGGGAUAUAUGUUUGUUGAUAUUUUAACUCUGGGAACCAAGACAACAAUAAAUUGUUUUUUAUAUAUUGGA